UAAUGUCUAAGCAAAAAAACAAGUAGCACGAAAACUAAAAUCUUGGUUCAAACGUAGUCCACGCGCACACACACACUUUUUAACAGACACAGACAAUCGAGACCUCGAAUAUAGGGCUUGUGACGUCAGAAUCGGGGUUGUUGUUUUUUUUUUUUCCAGCGGCUGAACUGCACCAACUGUUGGAUGCACAGCUUGUCUGCUUGCUACGGACAGGUUCCGACAAUAUAUACAACCCCGGCAGUUUUGUACGACUACAUGGUGGUUGGAGCUUCUGACUGAUGUUCAUUCGCCUCUUUCUAAAUACGAGUCCGCUUCCAAAACUUAACAGCACACAGCUGAGUCGACACAAGCCCGAUAGCCGGACGUGAGAAUGGAACCAGAAAAUAUCAAGCUUUACCAGGCACCACAAGCUCGAAAACCGGAUGUUGAAGACUUUCGUCAGAUUUCCUCCGAUUUGCAUCUCGGGUGUUCUGAGGAGGACCUCCAGAACUUCACAAAGUACGCCGCCAAGAUCACAGAAAGCCUCAGUGCAGUUGCACUGUUACCAGACCCAGCCGCUGAGCGCGUCAGGUACCCGCGUACACCAGGGUAUCGACCCGUCCCGGAGGAAAACCCGCACAAUGCAUGGGCCUGGAAAUGCGACAUUCGUGGGUCGCCAGAGGGCAAGCUGGCGGGAAGGAUGAUUGCAAUCAAAGAUAAUGUCGCUGUGGCGGGCGUGCCCAUGCGCAAUGGCAGCCGAAUCUUCGAGAACUACGUGCCGGAGUUCGAUGCCACUAUUGUCACGCGCAUUCUGAAUGCUGGCGGGAUAAUCGUGGGAAAGACCGCGGUAUCGGACCUGUGUCUGGAAGGUAGCUGCCUGACCAAUAUCGAUGGACCUGUCCGAAAUGCAGUGGAUGACACGCGGAUAGCAGGUGGAUCCAGUGGUGGGAGCGGGGCUCUGGUCGCUGGAGGACAUGUGUAUAUGGCGAUUGGAGGUGACCAAGGGGGCUCCAUUCGAAUUCCCGCAAGCUUCAAUGGCAUCGUUGGCUUGAAGCCCACAUAUGGUCUUGUCCCCUACACCGGGGCAUGCUCAAUCGACGUCACCAUUGACCACCUUGGCCCCAUGACCAGGACUGUGCAUGACUGUGCCUUGCUGCUGGAGGUAAUUGCUGGCUACGAUGAUGGGAGAGAUGGAAGACAAUUCCCCAAUACACCCACGGCGGAAUACAGUAAACUGAUCAAUGUGAGCGUGGAAGGCAAGAAGGUGGGCUUGCUGAAGGAGGGCUUCGACAUUUGCGUGGACGAGAUCAAGACUAUCGUGCGACAAGCCGCAGACAGGUUGACGGAGGCCGGCAUGGUGGUGAUGGAGACUUCCAUUCCUGAACAUCGCGAUGGCCCCAAAAUCUGGAUGGCCACCGGAGGAUUUGGUGUGUACAACUGUAUGGUGCGGGGAAACGGCGUGGGAUGGUCUAAAGGAUAUUAUCCUCUUUCCAUGAUGGACGCCGCCUUCCGCGGCUACAAAACUUACCCCCAGGACCUUCCGCCGCUGGUGAAGUUCUUCGCGAUGUACAACGAGUAUAUUGGUCGCCUCUAUGGCAACCGCUUCUUCGCCAAGGGACAGAACCUCAUCCUGGGACUGACGGGGGUCUAUGACAUGGCGCUGGAGGAGUUCGACGUCCUGGUCAUGCCCACACUGCCAUUCGCAGCGCCCAAAAUUCCGCCAGCAGACUGUUCGUUCGAAGAAUUUGCGUCAGUCUCGCUGAGUAUGUGUGACAACUGUAUGCCUUUCAACAGCACCGGUCACCCAGCACUGACCAUCAACGCCGGCUACACGGCAGAGGACAAGUUGCCUGUCGGCCUUAUGAUCGUCGGCAAGAAAUUUGACGAAGUCACCGUCCUUCAGGUGGCCAGAGCGUUGGAGAUGAUUCUUUCCGAAAAAUAAGAUGACUGUGAACUUGACUGAGACUGAUACAAAUAUAUUAUAUUUUUGUGUUAUAUAGAUAGUGUAUCAUCUUUUAAUUUUGCGGUAUCGUUGUAAUUUUUAUUCAGGUCCAGGGACGUGUAUAGGUGGACUGCUGUCUGUCUGCCGAGACCAACACUUAGCCUCUUGCAAAGUUGUCCGCUGUUAGUCUCAGCGAGCCUUAACAGAGAAUGUGACUAAACCGGAAGCCUUAUACAAACAUGCCUCGUUUUAGUAGUUAAUCUGAAAUGUGAGUAAACCAGAAGCUUUGUACACACCUGCCUCAUUUUAAUAGCUAACUGGGAAAAAAAAUCGUCUUCAAACAGUCCAGUAAUAGAAGUUCGUGGGUCAUUCAGUUAUAAGUUAUAGGUAUAUUUGUGCAUGCCGCGUCAAAAGAACUCGUUAAACAUCUUUAUAUACUUAAAAAUUAUUAGAAGCAAUACAUGUAUUAUAAAUUUCAGAAUCAUUUUUAGACUUUUACAUGUUCACAACUAUAAAUCCUUUCGAUUCAUUUUUUCUUUCGAUGCUACUGGCUUGAAGUUUGUAUUGAUGGUUUUAAUAAAGCCUGCUUUUUCUUCUUU